AUGUUACUUUUUAAAUCCUUAUUUGUUUUAUUCACUUGUUUAAAUUUUUUAUUUACAUUCAAACUAAAUUCUUCCUUAACAGUAUAUUAUAUAAAUACAUCAAUAAUAGGUUUACAAAACGGUAGGAAUUCUUUUUCCAAAAAUAAAAGGAGUUUUUCUUUAUAUGGUGUGCCAAAGAAAAAAAGUUCUCACAGGAGAACAAGGAGAAGAAAAGUAGCAUGGAUGAAAAAAAACCCAGCUAAAUUGUAUAGAACUAGUUCCUAUGAUAUAGAUGAAAUAAUGAGGUAUACUGAUAGGAAAUUAACUGCACAUUUUACAACGAGAGAUAAUUGGCUAAAUCUCCCAUCAACAACAUUAAUAAACGAUUUUUUUUUGUUUAGAGAAAUUAGAAACUAA